AUGUGCGGAAAAAUAGAAAACUAGGAAACUACACAAACAUGAUGAAAAAGUAAUAAGACAGUAUUUUCUUAUUAUAUUUGAAUAGUAACAAGUUUUUAAUACGGUUUUUAGUACUGGCAAUUUUUUGCACGGAUCAUUGUCAGUUGUAAACAUGUGUGACGAGGACUGGGAUGCUGAGAUCGACGGUGAAGAGAGCUCGCACACAGCGUACCACCAACCAACUAAAGUGUGGACAAACUCCAACAGGGCACAGCCGAAACAAUGGGAUGCGUGGGAAAACAAAAAUCCGGGCGGUUCUGAUGAUAGUGGAAGGUCGGGUGGAAGAGGUUUCCAGUCAAGAUCUGACAAUAAUAACUGGAGAAACUCGAAUUCUAGUGGAGGAUUUGGAAGGGGAGGGGGAGGCGGCUGGGGUUCCAGGGGACAGAAUGAUGACAAUGCAAGGCAAAAUCGUGGAGCGAGAAAUGACGAGUCUUCAGGGGAUACAUUGGUCUUUUUCGUCCAAAAAUCUCAAGUUGGAAGAAUAAUUGGGAAACAAGGAUCAAAGAUCAGAGAGUUACAAGAUGAAUCUGGAGCAAGAAUCACGGUCUCCAGAGAAGAUAACGGAAGUGGUGAGAAUCAGGUGGAGAUUUCAGGUUCCGAGGAAGAGCGAAAUACAGCUAAGGCAAAGAUAGAUGAUCUAAUCAGUGGUUCGUUUCGAGGUGGUGGAGGAGGAGGUUUUGGUGGUGGAGGAGGAUUUGGUGGUGGAGGUGGUGGUGGUGAUCGAUCUUGCUACAAAUGUGGAGAGCAGGGCCAUAUAUCUAGGGACUGUCCAUCUGAAUCCUCCAAUGGACAGCGUUUUGGUGGAUCCAGGGAUGAUACAAUCAGCAUGUUUGUCCAAAAUAAUGAUGUUGGGAAAAUAAUAGGUAAAGGCGGGUCAAAGAUUUGAGAGCUACAGGAAGAAACUGGAGCCAGAAUCAAGGUUUCCAGAGAGGAGAAUGAUGAUGGCGAAAACAAGGUGGAUAUCCAAGGUUCUGAGGAAGCUCGAAACAAGGCUAAGGAGAAAAUUGAAGAACUCGUCAAGCCUUUCAGCUCGAUGACUUCAAAUUACAGCAGUAAUUCCAGUGUUGGAACAGCACCAGAACCUCCACCAAAGAUCAACUGGGGGAUGAUUCGAUCACAGCAAGAGGAACAUGCUCGCACCAAAUUUCUAGGUUUACCAGAUUUAAGAAAAGAAUUUUACAUCGAGGACCCCACCGUGUCAAAUAUGUACCCGGAAGAUGUAGAGAAAUUCAGGAAAGAUAACAACAACAUCAUUGUGAUGGACCUGAGCAAGGAAGGAGACCGACGGGUUCCUAACCCAGUACAGACAUUUGAACAUGCGUUCCAGCAUUAUCCUGAAAUUCUGGACACUAUAUAUGCUCAAAAAUUCUCAAAACCAUCUCCCAUUCAGUCCCAGGCCUGGCCAGUUCUACUACAGGGGAUGGACAUGAUAGGAAUCGCUCAGACAGGAACGGGGAAAACUCUGGCAUUCCUGUUACCAGCCUUCAUACAUAUUGACCAACAAUCCUUACCUCGUGCAGAGAGAGGUGGACCCAAUGUUCUGGUACUAUCUCCGACCAGGGAACUUGCCCUUCAGAUUGAGUCAGAGGUGAAAAAGUUCCACUACAAGGGCAUCAAGAGUGUGUGUGUGUAUGGAGGUGGCAAUCGCCGGGAACAAAUAAACGUUAUUACAAAAGGUGUGGAAAUCAUUGUAGCAACACCUGGACGUCUUAAUGAUCUCAUCAUGAACAACAUUGUGUCGGUCAGAUCAGUCACAUUCCUGAUUUUGGAUGAGGCAGACCGAAUGUUAGAUAUGGGUUUUGAGCCAGAAAUCAAAAAGAUUCUUUUAGAUAUUCGUCCAGAUAGACAAACCGUCAUGACCAGUGCUACCUGGCCUGAAGGAGUACGACGCAUGGCUGAUGCCUACCUCAAAGAUCCAUUCCAAGUAUUUGUAGGAUCAUUAGAUUUAGCGGCUGUCCACAGUGUCACACAAUUGGUGGAAAUUAUCGAUGACGAGGAUAAGAAAGAUCGGGUUUUGUCGUUUGUUAGGCACGAGAUGGAACCAGAUGACAAAGUCAUCAUAUUUGUGGGAAGAAAAGUACUGGCCGAUGACUUGUCAAGUGACUUUUCUCUCAACGGCAUUGACUGCCAGUGUAUCCAUGGUGAUAGGGAACAGUGUGAUCGUGAACAGGCCCUGGAGGAUUUCAAAACCGGAUAUGUCAAGAUCCUUGUAGCCACAGAUGUGGCCUCGAGAGGUUUGGAUGUCAAAGACAUCACGCAUGUCUUCAAUUACGAUUUUCCCCGUAACAUAGAAGAGUACGUCCACCGAAUUGGCCGCACUGGAAGAGCAGGUAAAUCUGGUACUUCACUGACUCUGAUGACACGGAACGAUUGGAGAUCAGCACAACUCUUGAUUGACAUCAUGGAAGAAGCUAACCAGGAAAUCCCUCAAGAGCUGUAUGAGAUGGCCGAGAGGUACGAAAGGAUGAAGAAGAAACGGGAAGAAGAGAGAGCAAGUGGUGGGGGAAGUCGGUUUGGAGGUGACCGGGGAAGGGAUAGGUUUGGGGGUGGCGACGAUGACUUUAUGGGUGGGUAUGGAGGAUUUGGUGGAGGAGGAAGACGAGGAGGAGGAGGAGGACGCAGACGCGAUGACAGAUGUGGAGUUAUCAUGAAUACAUAUGGAAUUGCUUAGUUUGUCCUAGUGUAACAAGUUUUCUUUACAUCACAAAGUUUCUUGAGGGAUUCAUGAGACCAUGGACAGCUUAUGUGAUUCACACAAGUCAGAAGGGUCCUCGUGAUUCAAUGCAUAUCCAUACUGAAGGUUGAUGUUAUUUUAAUGUUUCUCUUACAUGGAUAUUGUGUGUUAAGUAGAUGUUUGAACACUGGUGGGAAUGGGGACCUUGGUGACAGUGUGGACUCCCAUAA